AUGAAUUCUUCACCCUCCUCUGUCAUGUCCAGAGCUACGCCAAGUUAUGGAUCUCGCAUGCGCGAAAAUACACCCAGGAGUCGGGAGGCUCCAUCACCUAUUGCGAAGCUCGAAGCUAUUAUAAAACCCAGGGACGAAGAGCCGGUUCAACAUAAAGCACAGGUUCAGGUUUCUGCUGACCAUCUCAGAGAUGACCUGAUCUCCAUGAGAAAAUGCUUAACUUGCUCCAUCUGCGACCAACUACUUUACGAACCAUGGAUUUUACAAUGUGGCCAUACAUACUGUUAUUCUUGUCUGUGUCAAUGGUUCAUCCCAAAUAAGAGAAAAAAGACAUGCCCAGAAUGCCGCGCACCAGUGAAGCAAAUGCCAGCUCCAGCCUUCCUUAUAAAAAAUAUGGUCGAGAUAUUCAUCCAAAGAGGUCAACUAAUGCCAGAUGAUGAGACGAUAGAACAGCACAAGGUCAGGAAUGCCGAAGAAACUGAGAUGGUAGAGAAAGAUAAAAAUGGCCCUGAAGGAUUGUUCAAAGGCACAUUUCCACUACGGCGUGGGAAACCGUGGCACGAUGAAGCGGACGGGGUUAUGCGAUGUCCUUCCUGUGGAUAUGAGCAUGAAGGUGGGCCAACGUGCGAUCAUUGUGGUGCUGGGGUUGACGAGAUUUAUGGCUCCAGCGAUAUGGAAGACGACGGCAAUCUUUCAGAUUUUGACAUUGGUUAUGGAGAGGAUAUAGAGCGGGAGCUUGAGCUUGAAGCCGAAUUGCACAGGGGAGUAGAAGACGCUUCAAACGUUUCCCACUUUCGACAUAAUCCCUUUGCUUUCGGUGGUCCAAUUCACCAACACGUUCUCCAUCAUUACCACACUCAUCAGCGUGGUCAUCGUGUGGACAAUUUGAACGAUGACUCAGAAGAUCCUACAAAUUCGGAUACCAGCAAUCAGGACAAUAGUGAUGACGAAGACGCUGGUUCACUGGAAGAUUUCAUUGCAAAUGACGACGAAGAUAGCGAGCCCGCUGCUCCUCCACCACGUAGGUCGAGACAGAGAGUGGUCAUAAUAUCGGAUGACGAAGAUGGUGACGAUGACGAUGAUGACGAUGAAGAGGAUUCUGAUGAUGAAGGUGGUGCGAUUACGAAUCGCCGGCGGCCGCGAUCUGGCUGGGCCGGCUCCUCAGAAACGCCUUCCAGAGCCAUCUCAAUCUCAGCGGAGGAGAAUGGUAGCACACCCUCUAGAUCUAUCUUGAUUUCAGAUGACGACAAUGGUAGCAGUGCAAAUGGUUCGGAGUUUGGUGAUGAGAUGGUCAAUCAUGAGGCACGCAGGCUGAGGGCAUCGGGUGGCUGGAGUCCCUUGGAUGAAGGAGAGGAUGACGAUACAAACAGAUUGGCGCACGGUGAAUAUGGUGAUUAUACUACAACUGACGAUGAAAGAGCCUCGGACGAAAGCGAUUCGGAUACGAUUGGUAAUCCAAAUUCAGAUGGCGAGGAAGAAGAAGAUCGGCCUCGGGGCGGGCUUCGGGGGAUACUAAACUAUGAUUAUGAGGAAAUGGAUCCAAAUUUUGAUGGUUUCUCGUCAAGCGUAGAUGGGGAUGCCACACCAAUCGAUUACGCUGGAACUAGCGACGGCGCAUUUAACAAUCACGGAAGCGAGAACGAGCAUUACGACUAUGAUACUGAUGGAGAUCUACUACCUAGCAUGGAUCGGGACGGUGAUACUGAAAUGAGUGUGUCCCCUGGUGUAUCACGGUCCAGUCGAGAUGUUAGCGUGGAAAGUAAUUUGGGCGAAAACCUCGGCGUUGCAAACGAAGUUGCCGGGAAUGACGACGAUGAUGACGAUUCAGACAGCUCGAUUCGUCCACCCCCACGUCGACAACCGAGAAAUAACGCCGGUCAUCAACAGUAUAAUUCAAGAAUAAGCAUGCUAUUCGCGGAACAUCAAAAUACUGUUAGAAACGCCCGAAACCCUGAUGACAUAAAUUAUUGGGAAGAUGAAAACGAUAGAGAUAUCCCAGAGGGCGGUUCCUCUGGAAAUCGUCGCAGGACUCAAUACCAUCAUCCUCUAGGUCCAUCGGGAGGCAAUCAUCACCGCACUAUGCAACCUCUUGGUAUCGAUAGAAUCAGAACAUCUAGAGGCUCUUCGCCACCACGCCUCGUACCUACUUAUAGUAGUAGAACUGGUCGCUCGCAGAGACAGUAG